AUGAACCCCUACGUACUCGCAGUCCUACUCUCCAGCCUAGGACUAGGAACUACUUUAACCUUUGCCAGCUCCCACUGACUACUAGCCUGAAUAGGACUGGAAAUUAAUACCCUGGCAAUCAUUCCUCUAAUAGCACAACACCACCACCCCCGCGCAGUAGAAGCCACCACAAAAUACUUCCUAACCCAAGCCACCGCAGCCGCAAUAAUUAUAUUUGCAAGUACAACAAACGCCUGAAUCACAGGAGAAUGAGACAUAAACAACAUAUCAAACCCUAUUGCUAGCACAAUGAUCAUUACUGCCCUAGCACUUAAAAUUGGACUAGCACCAAUACACUUCUGAAUACCAGAAGUCCUACAAGGACUAGAUCUUCUAACGGGCCUAAUUUUAUCAACAUGGCAAAAGCUUGCCCCCUUCGCCCUAAUUAUCCAAACGGCCCAAGCCGUGGACCCCGUACUAUUAACUGCCCUAGGGGUCAUAUCCACCUUGAUUGGAGGAUGAGGGGGUCUAAACCAAACCCAGCUACGAAAAAUCCUAGCCUACUCCUCGAUCGCACACAUAGGCUGAAUAAUCAUCAUUCUCCAAUACGCCCCACAACUCACCCUCCUUGCCCUAGGAACAUACAUUUUUAUGACAUCCGCAGCAUUUCUCACCCUAAAAACAUCAUCCGUCACAAAAAUCAAUACUCUUUCAAUAGUCUGAUCAAAAAGUCCAGUCCUAACAACAACCACGGCCCUAGUACUACUAUCACUAGGAGGCUUACCCCCACUAACAGGAUUUAUGCCAAAAUGACUAAUCCUGCAAGAACUGGCAAAACAAAAUCUUCCAAUCACCGCUACAAUUAUAGCCCUAGCUGCCCUACUAAGUCUUUAUUUCUACCUACGCCUCUGUUAUGCAAUAACACUAACAAUCUCUCCUAAUACAAUCAAUUCAAUCACCCCCUGACGAACCCAAACAACCCAAUCCUCCCUCCCACUCACCUUAUCUACCACAAUUGCCCUAGGACUUUUACCGAUAACCCCAGCUAUUCUAAUACUAGCCACCU